CCACAUAACCCAAAAUAGCAAAACGAGAGAGAGAGAGAGAGAAAUGGCAGAUCUUGCGAGAAAGUACGAGAGAAUUGCAACGGACUCUGCUCCUCCCACGCCCACCAAAAGUACGUCCAAGCGAACCAUGCCGCUCGUCGUCUCCGGAGAACCGCCGGCACCGCCUUCUCCGACUCCCGCCGUCGCGAGCGGCCUCCCUUCCAUACCCACCGGCGACCGUCCCUCCUGCUUCCGGUGCGACCACCUCCGCACCGCCGUCAAAUCCGGUGAAAACCCGAACAAGAGGAAGAGAUUCUUAGCUUCCGAGGCCGAGGAUUUGAAAAUUGAAACCGAGGACAAGACGUGCAGCGACGGCAACCUCAGGAGAGAAGCGCCGGCGUCGCUCGAUGCCCCCAGAAGACCGGAGACGCAACCGCCGCCGGCUCCGGCAGCCGGCGCGGAGGCGGCGAAGGUGAGGUCGGCGUGCGCGGCCGAGAUCGAGGCGUAUCUGUCCGCCAUGGAGAGGGAACAGCAGAGGCGGUUCGCGGACAAGUACAAUUACGACGUCGUCAAUGACGUGCCGCUCGAAGGCCGUUACGAGUGGAUUCCCAUCAACGUGGGUGCGGUGGAGGAAACGCUGAAGUGACUGGCGGUGAUGGUACGGAUUAGAGAAGAGGGGGGGGAACUCGCUGCUCGAUUGCUUCCUUCGUUGGUAAAAAGAUUGUACAGUCUUCUUUAGUGCUUCCCAAGUUGUUCUCGUUUCAGUAUAGCGGUAGACCGACACGUACCAAAAACCAAACCAAACCCAUGCUUUUGUUACUCACGUCCACACGAUUCGUCUUUAGCUCUCUCGCUCUUGGCAGAUUUUUCUGGAGAUGUACUUCGGGAUUCGUCUCUUUCUGCAGUCUCUAUCGAUACUUGCAUUUCUUGCUUUGAUCCAA